UUCCAUCGAGGAAGCGGUUUUUAUUUAUCGGACACAAUAAUGGCUGCUACCCGACAAUUCCGUUGUUUUCUACGCCGUCCAGUUGACAUUGGAGGGUCACAUAUGUCUCAGUCGUCUUCCUGAAGCCGCCAUUACUUCCGUUGUUUCCCUGGCCUGGCUGCUUACCCACAAUGCAUUGCCAGAGGGCUUUGUGUGUCUCAGACAUACCAAUGUAACUGUUGCUGCUGCCACUUCACCAGCACAUCUACAUCACAGCAGCGCAGCGGGAAGGUGCUCUCCUGGUGGAUCUUAUCCUCGUCGCACUGACAUCAUGUCUGGCUCAGGGGACAUACCAGCCAUCGAGGGCUCCGGGAUGGGCGGGAUGAAGCUUCCCAUCGGGAUGACCCGGCGAGCCAUCAGCUACGACGAUAACCUGGAGGCGCCCAUGUCCACGCCCCCUCAUGACAUCAGCAUCAACAACCUGUGGAGACGGCCAGUCAUACCGGAGAGGAAGUUCACACGCCUGGCUGAGGAGGACGAGAGCGGUGUGGCGAGACAGUCCACUGUGGCGGACAGCGCCCCCUCCAGGUCGCCAUCCGUAGUGAAAGCCAAGGCGUCGUCCAUCAUCAUGAACUCUCUCAUCACCAAGCAGACUCAGGAGAGUGUGUAUAAGUUUGAGCAGCGGGCGGGGCUCACUGACACCAGCUACACCCCCCACAAAGGCCUCACCGCCGAGGAGACGAGACACCACCAUCGCAUGCCCGAAUCCCUGCAGAAACUGCAGAUCCAGAGCAUGGAGGCCCGAGAGGAGCGGCAGAACUCCUCCGCCCAGUCCACUCCAUCCAACACGCCACACAGCUCCCCAAAACAGCAACGCAGGGGCUGGUUCGGCAGUACGAGUUCAGACAUCAGCUCCUGCAACAGCAGCGUGGACCUCGGGGGAGGAGACGCGGCGAUUGAGCGCUGGAGCGUGUUCGGGCCGCGGCCACAAGUCCAGAAGACCACAUCUGACCUGGGAUCAGACCCGGCAGCAGGCUUUGCGCUGCAGGCGUACCGCGGUGCCCAGAAGCCGACCCCCAUGGAGGUGAUGAAGUCUCAGGCCGCGCGGCUGGCCGACGGCACCGUCGCUCAGUCGGUGGCUCCUCCCAAAAUGGAGAUUCCCACGGUGGAGGGUCGACGGCAGGGAGCGCGGCCACACAAGCUGAAACCCCGAGACAUGAACAUCCUGACGCCCUCCGGCUUCUGAGAGGACGCGACACGUGAAGGUCCAUGACACGAGACUUUCCCUUCCACUAUGAAUCCUGCAGCUCUGCUUCAGCGUGUAGGAGGAAUCAUCUCACAGCACGAGAUGCAAACAAAGCUCAAGCUUAGACAAACUUAUUGGGAAGAACGAAGGAAGGCGAAGCGUCAAACCUCGUCAACGCAGCGCCAAUGUGUCAAGUUUUGUCCUUCGACUUAAAAUCCGUCUGUAAAUACAACAGAGCUGAUCACCAGUCCGGCUCCGCACACACUCUGCAGCUUGUAGAUUUAGACUUUGAGCUGGAUCAGGCGUAGGGUCACGCUGAGAGGACGUUUAUAGUCUAAUGUUGGCGUUUUACUUUGAGUGUUUAUUUGUUUCAUUACUACAAACAGAAUCCAUGUUGAACUUCAACCAGCAGCUCCAACCUUCAGAAGCUGCAGCAUUGUUCCCGUCUGCCUCCAGACUGCGUGCUCGCUUCUCUCUCGCCCUCUUCACGUGUAGCUGCUGCCAUCAACAUCCAGCAUGGACGGACUGACCUGCAGGACUUCAUGCAGCUGCAGGUGAAGGUGAUGGAUCCCCUGUAAAUGCACUUUAUCCCCACGCUGGAUCAUCCGACCCGAAGCCCCCCCGUGUCCCGCAGCCCUCCAGGAUGCACGUGUGUGAGAAAACGACUUAAUGUUUCCUUUGUCCUCUUAAAGGGGACAUUCAGUAAGCAGGAUGGGAAGAAUAACCAAGAGUCGUUUAAUAUGAAUCAAAGCAACAGAACAAAAACACCUGGCAGCAUCCUGCUCACUGACACACACACUGACACACUGACACACACUCUGACACACUGACACACACACUGACACACACACUGACACACACACUGACACACACACUG